AUGGCCAAAUCCAAGAACUCGUCGCAACACAAUCAGAAUAAGAAGGCCCAUAGGAACGGUAUCAAGAAGCCAAAGACUGACCGCUACCCAUCUCUCAAGGGCACAGACCCCAAGUUCCGAAGAAACCACAGACAUGCUCUUCACGGAACCAUGAAGGCAUUGAAGGAGGUUAAGGAGGGCAAGCGGGACUCCGCAUAA